AUGCAAGAUAAUCUCUAAUAAACAAAAACCUUGUUCUUAAUGCAAAAGAUUAUGAGUUAUAAACAAAAACCUUAACCUAUCAAUAAUAUUUUUGAAGAACACAAUCCCUACUAUGGGCCUAAAUAUGAUAACAAUAAUAAAAUAAUCGCUCGAAGUGUUGUAGGUAAACCAGAUAUUAUUGAAAGGAUAAAAAAGAGAAUAGAAGAAUCAAAAUUAUCUAAUUCUCCAAAAAUGAAAAACUCAGUUGUUUAUUAAAAAAUGAAACAAUCUUAUUCGAAUCUUUCUAAUAUGAAGAAAUCUCAAUCAUCAAAUAAGAUUCCUCUUUUUCAUGAUCCUAUUCAUUCGAAUAUUCUUUCUCGACAAGUUUCUCACAAUAAAUCUACAAUGGGAGCUUUAAUAAAUCAUCAUGCAAAUGUUAAUAUAGAAUAAUACUUAUAAGAAACAAAGAAAAGAAUAUAAAAAAAUGAAAUGGAAGUGAUGAAGCAGGAGAAGUAAUUAAAUAUCUUUGAAAGAAAUGCUAAUACUAGAUAAUAAAGAGUAAUAACAUCAUUUUAAGAACGUGAGUAAUCUUGGGAGUUAGUGAAUAUGACAAUUCAGAGUAAAUGUCAGACAAGAAGUAGGGAGAAGUUAACUUUAUUGCAAAAGAGUUAAGGUAAUGAGAUGGAGAAAUAUUAGAUAAACAGCAUAUCGCUUAAAGAAAGAAGUUCUUAAUGAAUUACCAGGUGAACCGAAGAAUUGGUAUUAAUAGCUAAGAGAAUCAAGUUACACUGUGGAGAAGGAAGAAGAUUCUUCAAUGAAUCGUUAGAGAUUGAACUUAAAUUCGAAAACUUUAUUAGUAAAGCAAGCUGAUUUGGAGAGUAGCCUAAGAGUUAGAGGAGAAAGCAAAUUGAAAAAGGAAUUUGAGAAUCCCAAAUUUUCUUUGAUUACUAUGAUUGGGCAGGAGAAAAUUGAAGAGAGUGAAAUGGAGAGAAAACGAAAAUAUUGA